GAGAGAGAGAGAGAGAGAGAGAGAGAGAGAGAGAGAGACUCGUGUAGAUUUGCAUUUUUCUUAGAUCCGUUCUAAUCUAAAACCUCAUCGACGUCGAUUUUCUGAAUCUCUCUGGUUGUUUGCGAACAGUGAGGAAGACGAAGAGAUUGUUGUGGUUUUUUGCCUAUUUUACAGAGGCUUUUCUAAAUAUCUGGGUUUAAUGGUGGAUUCUCUGUUUCCUCACAUCGAAACCACCGGUAACAACGCGUCUCCGGAGUCGAGCCGGAAGAAGCGGAGGAUAUCAGAAACGGCGAAGGAGGCAGAGACAGAGGCUCGACGGAUCAACGAAGAAAGCUUGAAGAGAUGGAGAAGGAAUCGUGUGCAGCAGAUCUACGCUUUCAAGCUCGUCGAAGCUCUGCGUCGCGUUCGUCAGAGGUCAAACGACGACGCCGGUAAAGUCAACGGGAGCUCGGCGCGAGAGAUACGCGAGACAGCGGAUCGAGUUCUGGCCGCGUCGGCUCGCGGCACGACUCGGUGGAGCAGGGCGAUCUUAGUGAGUCGCGUCCGAGAGAGGCUGAAGAAACACAGAAAGGCGAAAUCAACUGGAAAUUUCAAAUCGAGAAAAGCUACGACGGAGACGACGACGAAGCGGAUUAGAUUGCCAGCGAUUGAGAGAAAACUGAAGAUUCUCGGCCGGUUGGUUCCCGGUUGCCGGAAAGUCUCCGUAACGAACCUUUUAGAUGAAGCGACGGAUUACAUCGCGGCUUUAGAGAUGCAGGUCCGAGCCAUGGAGGCUCUCGCCGGACUUCUAGCCGCCGCUGCACCACCGAUGACGUUGACCCGACUCUAACGGCGGCAGUUAGUUUGUCAGUUGUUUUUUUUUUUUUGUCGUAGUUUGUCAGUUGUUAAAAUUAGCUUUUUAACCUUUUUACCCCUUCAUUUGGCUGAAAGCUUUUUUUUGUUUGUGUGUCUACGCGAUUUUAAUUUAUUAUUCAUGUAUUUUAUUUUGUAUACAUCACUUUUGUAUCCAUUUUGAUCUUCUUUAUUUUUCGAG